CUCGACCCGACCCAGCCCAGCCCGACCCAACAGGGCCAAAGGAAAAUAGGGUCGGGCCAAAUAUAUGAGCAUACAUGGCUGGUUUUUUUUUGUGUAGUGGCAGGGUCAGGGCUGGGUUUGGCCCAGUUUCACCCCUAAACCAGAGGGCCUUGAUUUCUUUAGUCGAGAUUCAAGGUAUAGUCAAAAGAUUUUCCUCAUUAUUAAUGAAGAGGGAAUCAAGUUAGUGAAUCAUCAAUUAUUGAUACAGUUAGUUGCUAGGGGAAUCAUAACCUGAAUGGGCUCCCAAAUUGUACUUAGCUAGUUUAACCCUUAGAGUAAUAGUACAACGAGAGACUCGUGAAUUCAACAUUUUAUUACUUGUGCCACUAUAUUGUAGUCUCUUUAACAGGUUACACCUGGCCUGUGUUACAAUUUUAGUAGUCCGACUUCAAUUCAUAAUGAUAAACUGCUACACCUUAUCCCCAUAUUUUAAGAGUGAAUUCAACUGACUUUGUGGUUUGUAGCGAAGACGAUUCCUCCAAGAAACUCAAUGUUCUCCAAAAUUUGUCGUCCCUGGAGUAUUCACAGCUAGCAACGGGAGGCAAUUACUUUCAUAGGAGAAAUGGAUAGGCUAGAGUAGGGUGCAUAACCAUGCACAACUAAAUCUAAAUUCUCGUUGUUGAGUGGGGCCAAAUCUAAUGGGAGAUCAAAAUAAUUUUUCUUUUUCCUUUUUUUCAAUAAACUUGUAUCUUCUUUAUUUUAUUUCAAAAUUAAUGUUUUUUACACGAUGGAUCAGACUCAUUGUGAUCCAAAAAAUAUAUUCAUUUUAGAUAAAUUUCCAGAGAAAAAAUAGUACCACAAAUUAUCACUCUGGCACCACAUGGUACAAUGUGUAACUUAGGUUUUUAGCUCACUUCCAUACCACUAUGUAAAUAUUUUAUGUACUACUAAGCAUUACCAGCUUAGUGCAAACUGAUAAUACAUAGCUCAAUAUUUUUUGUUUCAAAAUACAUCAAAGUGGGUAAAAUUUUGAAGAACAUAACUAAUAUGAUUUUUCGGUGCAAACGAUUUGAAUUCUACCUUAAAACGAAAGAUAUACAACUCGUUGAAUUUAAUCGGAGAAAGUGUUAUGUAUGAUCAAUAACCAACAUAACAUUGUGAGGAUCUCCAAUGUGUGGGUGGUUUGUGGAAAUAAUCAAUUCAAUUUUUGAUUAAUUUGACUAUCAUCUAUAACAGAAUAAGCCGUGACCAACAAUAAAACAAUUGGCUAAAAUCAGUGACCAGUAAAAACUGGAAAAGUUUUGAGUGAGAAUCUUGAAAUAAGUGAUAAAAGGAGUGACCUAAAGUGUAACUUACUAUACCUUGUGCAACACGCAAAAGCGGAGUAGGAAGGGCGGGAAAACCCACCUCUCAUCUUCAGAGCGGAAACGGGAGAAAAAAGAAGGGAAAUUGGUCGGUGCCGUGACUGCUGAGUGCUCUGCUACCUCCAUUUCUUGAUUUCUUCCACAGUAUAAGCACUUGAGCAAACGAACAAUCCCACAAAUCUGCAGCAACUUACAACCCCAGUUUCCGAAAUCCCCAAUUUCAGUUCUCAGUCCACCCCAUGGAUCCUCCGCGCACCCCCAAGGUCGGCGUCUUCGCUUCCGCUUCCGCUUCCGCAGCCGACGCCCCGCCCCCGCCGGACGGCUCCCAGUCCGGCCCUCCCGAUACUGUUCCCUCUUCCCUUCCCGCCAUCGCCCACCUUAAGCCUCCUGGCACUUCCAUCUCUUCGGUCACGAUUCCUCCUCCGGCCCAUUCCCCCGUACCUCCGUGUCCUCGCCGCCGCGACUCGUCCAUCGUCGCCGGUGUUGCAAGCAGCGAGCCGGCAAGAACUGGAUUGACUACUGUUUCUAAUGUCCACCAUUCGGCUGAUAUUUCGGGGAACCCUAGUGGAGCAUCAAGUAAAAUUCAAGAUGAGAAGCCUAAACAGUCAAACCCUUUGAGAGAGAAAGCCAGCGAUGCUGGAAGGCUUGCACUUCAAGAAUCUCUGCCGGCUGCAAAAGCAACAGCUAAAGGUGAUGGUGCUAAGGUGGGGCCGGUUCCUAUGCAUGGGUUUGUGGUUGCUGCAAAUACAGAAGCAGUUGAAGUACCAAAGCAUCAUUUCCAUCGCCAGAUAAAUGAUAUAGCUAUUCAUGCGAAAAAAGACACUGACAGCCAACUGAAGAAGGGCAAGGAUAAAGACGUCCCUCAAUCAAACAUGCAGUAUGACGACAAGAGUGGAGUGGAGAAGGCCCAUAUAGCUGUUCCUAUCUGCAAGGGUACUACAACGGACAAAGCAGGCAACUCACAUACCGAGUCCAAAACACUCGCUCCUCAAACUGCCAGAUUAAUUACCUUAUAUGAAAGGUAUGUUAAGCAGCCAUGUGUUGUUGACUAUGUGAAUCGUGUCAUGGACGAAAGGAUCUUCUCCUUGAUGUUACUCAUUGCUAAAGCAAGAAUCGAGAGAAUGUCAAACUCUUUGUCCACUCAAGCAGUUUCUCGGGAUUUGGAAUCGAGGUUUCUAAGAGAGAAUGUGGCAAGUUUUGAGACUCACAUUAAUGGUCUGAAGACCGAGUUACAGGAUUUGAAGAAAAAGAUCAUUGAGAAGCUUCCCGCUGUGAAUGCUGAUCCUGCUGUCGAUCCCUCUUUGGCCAUUGAGAACAACAUUGUUGAGGUUUCAACGGACACAGCCCGUAAGUCCACCCGCACGAGUACACAAACAGCACUCCCAGUUGAGAAUUUCGCUCUUUGGAUGCGAAGGUGGUAUGAUGAUUUAAAAAAGCGGGUGCAAGGGGGGAUUCUUUCGUACGAGAAGAGUGUUAGAAGCGAAACUAAUCAGUCAUUCGUAACAUUCAUUUUCAGAGAGAAGGAGUUGCUAACUGAUAACCGGGCCAAGAUUUUGGAUGUAUGGGAGACUCAGGUUUCUGCCCAGAAGACAGAAUUAGAAGCUUGGGAGAGAAAGCUUAUUCAAGAGUGUGCAACUUUUUCAUCUCCCCCACCAGUGGAUACUGGUCAGCAGACCUUUGGUGAUGAGGCUGUAGCUCGGAGAAACAGGACGCCCUUCACGUUAGAAGAAAUGAAAGAACUUGUUGACGGCUACGAGGAGCACGGCCCAAAGUGGACAAAGAUCAGGGACACGAGAAAAUUCAAACCCAUUCGAACACCAGGGGACCUUGCAGAUAAAUUUAAGAAUAUGGUCGAUUCUGCUAAGCUGAAUGCAAAAGAUAGAAGAGGUGAAGAGGUGGUGCCUCAAGAACUCCUGGAUCGGGUUAAGGACUUACAUGUGCUGAAGUCGAAGAAGCACAAAAGGGGCACACAAUAGAGUUCGUUAUUCGCCCAAGGCAGGCAAUUGUGGACGGAUUAAGGGACAGUGUGAUUGGCUUCUCUGAGUAUGUACCUGGUACAUGGACAUGGUACUGGUGACACACUACUUUGACACCAUGAAGGAAAUUUGUUGUUGUGGUUCUCUCUUUGCUUUGAACAAGAUGGUUAUGGAUGAAAAUAGUUGGCUAUGUUGGUUUUCCUCUCUUUUCACAACAGAUAUGAGGUCUUCUGCUUUUUACAUGUAUAGCAUACAUAUACCUACAAGCUAGGUUUGAGAAUGACUAUGAAUUGGUUUAUGUUUGAUGGGAUAUUAGGAUUUGUGAUGGACAAUAAUUGGUAAUUCCUGCAGUAUAUCUUGUUGACUCGAGAAAGAGGACACCUUUGCUUUCUGCCAUUUGGGUUUUUGUACUACUAGAAUCAACACCCACGGCUACGCCGCGGGGACUUAAGUUGCAACAAUAUCAUCUUGUAAUAAGUAGUGAGAAGGUUGUGUAGGUGACUUGCAAUGGGACGGUAUGAGAAAAUGAGUUUUUGAAAGGAGAACUUAAUAUCCGCAACAACGAAAAGGAAGCAGAUACAGUGAGUAUAUUACAUUGAUUAGAUGACACAUGAAAGGGCAUCUUCCAACAAAGGAGAGCUUAAUUAUCAUCCGAAGCAAUACAUGAACUUUCCAUUAUAGCCUUAAAAUAACAUCUCCCAGAAAGCUUCUCAUUAAACUUGAUUUUGAAAAUUCUAAUAUUCACUACAGUAACAUGAAUAGAUUAUGAGUUUGACAAAAUGGCUUCAAAAGAAUGCUGAAAUUGACAAUCAACAAAAGGCAUUUAUUACACAGGCGAGACCAACCUCCAAAUUGAAAAGAAAAGAACGAUUUCUCUCCUAACCACUCGGAUCAAUGUCUGAAGACCUCUUACAAUUCAAAAUUUGAGCAAUUUUGGAAUAAGUCGUGUAAAGUUGCUCUCACAAUCCAUUAAGUGUAGUUUUUAUCUCGUGCGAAACCAUAAACAAUUUCGUCAGUUCCAUGUAAUCCACCCUCAGGAGUCAGGCGUCAUUUUCCUAUGCACUUUUGGAGCUAGAACCUGUACCAUGCAGAAAAAGUUCACACGUUAUAUUUCAAACUGCUAUGAAUGAACUUGAAAUAUUGAACUAAAAAACUGAACUAAAAAAUUGAUGCAAAGCAACUGAGACACCAUUCCAGGUGAGCCAGAAAUCUUUGCAUACAAUACUGAAAUCGAUGCACUAAAUUGAGAAAUAGGUAGCAGAAAAUGGUAGACUAAGCUUGCAAGUCCCUUCAUUUCCUAUUCUCACUGUUGCACUCCUUUGUCCAUAACCAAUAUGAAUCAAUCAAGCACUUAAUGAAGCACUCCAAUCAAACAAAACUAACAAAAGAAUUCAGUAUCCCAGAAGGCCAGAACAUUCAAAUAGAAGAAGAAAACUUACCUAUGUUUCUGAAUUCAUUCCAAACCUCAAGCAUCUUGUCUCCGCUACUGGAGUUGCCGAGAAAAAUUACAUGCUCUUCAUCUGCAAAGGGCAUUUUUCGGGCACCAGAAAUGUCUUGAGAAGGCUUGCUGGUUUUAUCUGGUUAAACCAUUGUUUUGGGUUAUUUACGUGACGAAGGAGAGAUCUUAGGAGAAGUCAAGACAGUGCUUACCUCCUUGUUCCACCACAGUUUUGGGUUUACUAACAGAAUUAAUUGGAAGAGUCAGC